AGUUGAGUUGACCGACAAGCAAGACGACCCGUCAAUUCUAACUUCGUUUCCUUCUAUUUUGUUAUUUUGUUUCCCAGCAUUGCGUCAAUUACAGAAUUUGAGCCUGUCGGUACUAUGUUUGGCAACACUGAGUGAUAUUGUUUUAACGAAAGAGUGUGGCUGGUUGAGUAUUGUACUAGUUCUGUAUUGUGUACACCCACGUUUUUAAGGGAAACAUGGCGGAUAGUGCCAGUGAGAGUGACUCAAGUUCAAUUGAUGGAGGCCCUAUAAUGAUGCCUCCGUGUCCAGUAACGCGUGAACAACUUCAGAAAAGAAUAGAAUCUUUGUCACAGCAAAAUCGAGUUCUGAAAGUUGAGCUGGAAACUUACAAAUUGAGGGUGAAGGCUUUGCAAGAAGAGAACAAGGGGCUUCGUCAGGCAUCAGUCAUUAUUCAAGCCAAGGCUGAGCAGGAAGAAGAGUUCAUAAGCAACACACUGAUGAAAAAAAUCCAAGCUCUGAAAAAAGAAAAGGAAACAUUGGCCCUCAAUUAUGAACAAGAAGAAGAAUGUUUGACAAAUGAUCUUUCCAGAAAAUUAAAUCAGCUUCGUCAAGAGAAGUGCAAACUAGAGCAGACACUGGAACAAGAGCAAGAAUGUCUAGUAAACAAAUUGAUGCGGAAAAUAGAGAAACUGGAAGCUGAAACAUUAGCUAAGCAGAGUAACCUGGAGCAGCUACGCAGAGAAAAAGUUGAACUAGAGAAUACCUUAGAACAAGAACAAGAACUUCUUGUCAACAGACUCUGGAAACGAAUGGAUAAACUUGAGGCUGAAAAAAGAUCAUUGCAAAUUAAGUUGGAUCAACCUGUGUCAGACCCCACUUCUCCAAGGGAAAUAAAUAAUGGAGAUACUGCAGCUAACCUGAGUAUACAUAUUCAGACUUUACGCAGUGAAGUGGAUAAGCUACGCCGGCAAUUAUCAUUUGCUGAAAAGGAACACACUGAAAAAAUGCAGCAUUAUGUAAAUGAAGAGCGUCAUAUUCGAGAGGAAAAUUUGAGGCUUCAAAGGAAGCUCCAACUAGAAGUUGAGCGUAGAGAGGCACUUUGCCGCCAUUUGUCGGAAUCUGAGAGCAGCUUGGAAAUGGAAGAGGAGCGCUAUUAUAAUGAGAUGGCUGUUUCUGGUGGGAACAUCCGAUCUCGAACAUUGUCCAGUCCCAUUCCUUACAACCCAUCCCCUAGCUCUUCUCGUCCACUUAGUCCAGGAAUGACAUUAGUUGGCUCAAAUUCAAGGGACAGCUUCUCAGGUCCCAUGGGCCCUGCUUGUGGAACAGGACUUGGCCGCUGCUAUGCAUGUGGUCAGCCAACAUAUCCCCAUGUACCUGGCAUUGUGCCUGUCACACCCAUUCCGCUUGCCCCAUUGCCCUGCAGAGACAGCAUGGUGGGGGGCUUCUUGCCCCGUUCAUCAUCCCCACCCGCACCUCCACUUGCUGUGAGUCCUGGUAUGAUAGGUCGAGUGUGCCAGCGCACAUCAGAAAGGUUCAUCAAACCAGCGAUUCCAUCUGGUGCCGGCUCGCUGCUCAGUGUAGUUGGAGGGGCCCCAUCUAUUGCGGGUCACAACCCAACAGCUCCGUUGGCAUUUGCUCCUGCAACUUCUCCAGCUCCAGCAAUUUCUCCUGCACCGGCAAUGUCUCCUGCCUCAGCCAUGUCACCAGCUCCUGCCAUGUCCCCAUCAUCUAUGUCGAUGUCACCUGCUCCUCCUAUGUCCCCUGCCUCAGCAUCAUCUGCAUCUCUAUCACCUGCCCCAAUGGACAUUGGAAGGAGUUAGAGGUAUGAGUCAGCAACUAGUUUUUGGUCUUUUUAGAUCAUCCUAUAUUCUGUGAUGUUACAAUCAGUUUGACAAACUGUUCAUUUGAAGUAGUAUUUGAUUUCAAAUUCUGUUAUUACAGUGUUUCUAAAUCUGUGUUAAAAUUUUGAGUCAAUAUAUAUGUGCUCUGCACCAAAUCUUUAUUCUGAUGUUUUGAACUUCAGUUCUAACAGGGUUAAGAAGUUUUCACUUGUAAUUCAAAACAAUGUAUAUUCAUUCUGCCCAAUUGUAAAUUGUUAUUAUCUAAAAUAAAAAUGAAUAUAGGUAUUUGUUUUAUCUUACAAGGUUAAAUUCUCCUAUUUGUGGCCAAGCCAAAGUAAGUGUUAUUUCAAUUCUAGGUCUUUGUUUGGUUUUUCCUUCACUGGUCAGCACAUACAAUUUAUGUGUGGUUUAACAUACACCAAUAUUUCUUUUGUGUGCAUUACACAAACUUAUCGUUAGACUGAUGAUACUCUCAAGAUAAAAUGAAGUAAUCUGCAUAGCAGUUGUGCUUCUUUAAUAGUCAGGAAAGAAAUUUGUCUUUUCUUUCACAUACUUGCAAAUGUUAUCAAACAAGGAUAAUUUCAAUAGCUUCAGCUGCAGUCGACAUGCUGUCAUAGUUGAUAUCCCCACUGAUUUCCCAUUAUUGUGUAAAUAAGCAGCCUAACAUCACUGUCAGCUGAUGAUUCUAAAUCUGGAGUUGUGGGACAAAUUUGUUUGGUUUGAUAUUUGUUUAAUUGUAAUUGUCUAAUUUGUAUUUUGUGUAAUAUGAGUGUGCCACAUCUUCAUUGGACAAUGGUGUUGCUUAGCAAUUUGUUGGAAUUUUUUGCGUGCAAUGUGUGCCAAAUUGUAUUUCAGUCUAGACCUGAUUUGGUUUCUUAUACUCCUUGAUUUCUAGUUUGAAUACCCCUGGAUGGUAUUCUCCCGUCAAUCCAAGUAAUUGUGCUAUUGAACCCAGACAUUCAGAAAGGUGUAGAAACAACUUCCCUAGUCCCCCAAAGGCCUUUUCUGUGUUCUCAUCUUUGGGGAAAUUGAAGUUUGAAAUAUGUGUUAAGAUAUCUAAUUUUGUAGAGAUGUUGAUUAAAGUGAUGCAACUUAAGUUCAUAGACAAACAUACCUGGCACAUAAAGUUUCAGUUGUGUAUUUACCAAAGAAGAUUGCUACUAAUUUAGCAAAUGGUAACAUCUAAUAUUGACAAAAACGUCAUUAUUGGAAAACUAUAUACGGCACAUUUCUUACAGGCACCCAGUGAACUUUCCUUGUAGUCUGUUUUGCAAGACUGCCAUGCACAACCUCCUCUAAAUUAAAACCAGCUAUGACUAGAAGUGGUGUUGAGAGUUCUAACGCAUCUGUGUUAUGUUUCUCUUAAAGUCUGUGACUUGCCUUAUUACUUUUCUUCUAACUGAAGGUGAAAUUUGUAUUUUUCAAUUUAAGAGUAUAAUUCUUAUUAUCUGUAUAUGUUGUAUUUUGGGAUCUCUAAGUGCUGUUCUUAUAUCUCAGAGGGCAUUUCUCAUUAUUAUUGAAGCCCUCGUGUAUGUGGUAUGUGAAAGUUAUUUUGUUUUGAUUUCUGUUUGAGUGCAUGUGUUGAAAACAACAAUUAAUGUUUACUGUGUUGUUUGCCAAUACUUUUUAUUCAUCACGAAUAUUCAGCGAUAUUCAGAAUAUUUGAACCAUGUUUCAGUACUUGAGUUCUUGACUGUUUUGUUUGGUAUCUCAUCUAGGGCUGUAUGAUAAUGACUGAAAUGUGGUGUGGGUGCUUUCUCACAGCGUAUCUCAUGAAAAAUGAAAUAUUCUGACUGUUACUAUUUAAAAUCAGAAUCACAUUAUGUUUUUCAUGUAUUUACUGUGGGGAGGGUUACAUUUUGUCAAAAGACACAUAGCCUCAUUCAGUGCAUACAUCAAGAUUCCCUAGUAUUAGUUUUUCUUCAGGAUGUAUGGUAGAAGCUGUACAUACUGCAUAAAUGUUGGUUGUACUUGCAAUAAGGGUUGUAGUAAGAAGUCUCACUGUGUUUUUGAAAGAACAACAGUUUAUCUACUAAUCUGAGAAUUAGUUGUCAAAUCAAUCAUGUGUCAUUUGCAAGCAUUUUUGCAACAUAUUUGUGUUUGUAGGAUUGUAGGACCUCUUGUGGUUGAAAAGGAAAAAAAAAUGAUCAUAAAAAUUUGGGAACUUUAAUAUAUAAAUAGUUUAACUUCAGUUCCUUACAAAACUUUUUUGCUGAACUUUGUAUGUACAGCUUAAUGCAUAUUGCUAUGGGAUACGCAGCAAUUACCCAGUGUUGUUGGUGAUUCACAUCAGAAUGCUGACUUCUGAGAUGAAAUUAUUAUGUUCAAAUUUUGCUGCCAAGCCGAUUCGUGGUUAGAAAUGAUCAUCAAAGGUACUACAAUCACUUCUUCUAUUUUUACUUGUGUCUUCCGUUAGAUUGUGAUUGCAUUUUGACAUCAGCAGCUAUUUACUACUUCCUGUUUUUAUUAUAUAACUUGAAAAGCUCUUUUAUUAUAAUACUCUUCUUUUCCUCUGAGUUGUUGAAACAAUCCAGUUAAACUUAUUUUCAAAUUACUAAUUCGGUUGUGAGUACUGAUACUGCAGGAGUCAUGCAGUGUUUCUUAUUAUUAAUUCUGCACAUUAUUGGACUUGCUACCUAAUUGAUAAUUCUCAGUCGUAAUUCAAUAAACUAUGGAAUUUCUAGUA